AUGCCUUUAUUUGUUCACAACCAAGGUUUCUGCCACUCAUGGCCACUGUUUCAUGAAGGGUUGGGAUCCUUGGAAGAUUUUGAUGAUGGGAGUCCAGAGGUGAUGGGAUAUUUGCAGAUGACUGAAGCUCCUCCAGGUGAUCCAAAAUCUGUUAAUGACUCAAGAGAGCAGAAUACUGGUAUCCUGACGGAGUUGAAUUCGUUGUUUUUCAUGAUUACCAAGGAAUUCUUUCUAAGAAUUGUUGUUGCACAAUGUGCAGUCCAAGGUUUUGUACAACAGGUUUACCCUAAACCCUAA